GCUGAGAUGAGGCUUCUCUUAACCCUAUUUUUUCUUGCCAUGGUUUGUUGGCUAGCUGAAGGUACCUUGUCCAAGACAGAUGCAAAGAAAGGUGCUUCAAAAAAAAUGGAGGAAAAGACACUACAUUCUGAUAAUAUUGUACAGAAUCGGGGACUGGUAGUUGUUGAUCCAAAGGCAAAAGAUAUUAUACUGGAACACAAAAGCUACUGCUUCAAGGAGAUAAAGGAAAGGCACUUUUCAGGAGAUGUUCUGGGCUAUAUUACUCCUUGGAACAGCCAUGGCUAUGACAUUGCUAAAAUAUUCGGAAAUAAAUUUACGCUAAUCUCACCAGUUUGGCUACAGGUGAAAAGGAGAGGGAAGGAAAGGUUCCAGUUCACUGGGCUUCAUGAUGCUGACCAAGGCUGGAUGAAAGAUGUCAGAAAAAACUCCAAAAACAGCAAAAUAGUGCCUCGAAUUUUGUUUGAUGGCUGGACUUACCAAGACUUUGAAAGUGUUUUUGCCAGUGAGGAUGAGAUAGAAGAGCUUUCCAGUAAUAUGGUUCUGCUAGCCAAGAAAGAAAAUUUUGAUGGUUUUGUAGUUGAAGUUUGGAGUCAGCUGGGAAAUCGGAAGCAAACGUAA